UCUCUUAGCCUGGCACGCCGCGACACGUACAGAUUUUUAUAGAAUAUUCGCGACGAACGCUUUUUAUUGCAAAUUUAUUAAAAAAAAACGCUUUGAAUUUAGUUGAAAGGAAUUUUUUUCCACAAUUCAAAAAAAUUUAAAUAAUGCGAGAAAUACACGAUCGUCAUUGAGAGUGCGGCAUACAACAGUGUGUUGAAAGUGCAUAACGAAUUGUGGUAGAAAAAGUGUGGAACUUAAUUAACUACAAAUUCCCCUGCAAGUGGGCAUGGUGAAGAGCAGUUAAAAGCUUCAAAUAUAAAAAUCGCUCUAGCCCCCUAAAAGCAAAAGAGUUCAACGUAUUCACCACUGCUGUCGACGAUUGUGUCUAUAAAGUGUCUGUGUUGUUGCAUUGUUUGUAGAGUGGCAUAUGCAUUUAAUUUUUCUGUAAUAAAAGUAGUGAACGUCAGUGAUUUCGAAGGUUGACACCACACACCAGCAUAGUACAUCACACCACACCACACCACACUACAAUCAUUUGGUUAUAUUUAAAGCCACCUUUUUGCUCCGCUCCUGGCGGGGUAUGCUAGUCUUUAUCGCUGUUCGUGUGUGUGCGUGCGUUUAAGCAUUUCUCGUUCGAACGUUGGUUGCUCACUUUAUUUACUUGUUCGCGGCAGUUGCUGCGAUCUUUGUGGUGUUGCGCUGGCGCAGUGUAAGUGGAACUCUGCUAGUGAUCGGUAGGACAAAUUUGCUAUAGUGCGCUUUGUACUAAAACGAUCUCUCUGCUUCUUCUACUACUGAAGUAAUAUAUAAUUUAGUAGUGAGACUAUAUUGCUCGCUCGUCGCCAUCGUCGUUGUCGUCGUCGUCGUGAGCCCCACUUAAACAUUUAACACUGAAAGUUUGUGUGUGCUUCGAGUUAUUGCAAUUUCUUGCGUUGAAACGUGAAUACCGUUCGUAGUUAGUUGCUGCGGUGAUCAUCGCUGGUGUUUUAAAAAAACUUCAGCGCAAGUAAAAAGACACAACGCGCAAAAUAAAACGAAAAUAAAUACACAAUGGCAAAACUUUUAGUAGUUUUUGCCAUUUUAGCUGUGGCUGCUGCAACAGCUUCUGCAGAACGUGUGAGACGUCAGGCCACAACUGAGGAACCCAAGAAAGAAGAGUCCUUCGAGAAGGAGCUCUGUAAAGAUAAAGAUGCCGGUGAAUGGUUCCGUUUAGUCGCUGGCGAGGGCGAUAACUGUCGUGAUGUCAUUCAGUGUACAUCGUCGGGCCUGCAAGCUAUUCGUUGCCCGGCUGGUCUGUACUUCGAUAUUGAGAAACAGACUUGCGACUGGAAAGAAUCUGUGAAAAAUUGCAAAUCAAAGAACAAAGAACGACGUGUCAAGCCUUUGCUGCACACAGAUGAGCCACUCUGUCAAGAUGGCUUCUUGGCUUGUGGUGAUGGUAAUUGCAUUGAGCGUGGACUUUUCUGUAACGGCGAGAAGGAUUGCUCAGAUGGUUCAGAUGAGAACACUUGUGAUAUCGACAAUGAUCCCAAUCGCGCUCCACCAUGCGACCCCACUGUGUGCGUAUUGCCCGAUUGCUUCUGCUCUGAGGAUGGUACCUCGAUUCCCGGUGAUUUGCCAGCCAAGGAUGUACCCAUGAUGAUCACCAUUACAUUCGAUGAUGCCAUCAACAACAACAACAUUGAAUUGUACAAGGAAAUCUUCAAGGGACGCAAGAAUCCCAAUGGUUGUGACAUUAAGGCUACCUACUUCAUUUCGCACAAAUACACCAACUACUCGGCGGUGCAAGAAACAUCGCGUAAAGGACACGAAAUUGCUGUGCACUCCAUAACACACAACGAUGAGGAGCGCUUCUGGUCGAACGCCACCGUCGACGACUGGGCUAAGGAAAUGGCUGGCAUGCGCAUCAUUAUCGAGAAAUACGCCAACAUUACUGACAAUUCGGUGGUGGGUGUACGGGCGCCAUACUUGCGUGUCGGCGGCAACAAUCAAUUCACAAUGAUGGAAGAGCAGGCUUUCCUCUAUGACUCUACAAUCACUGCACCGCUCUCGAAUCCACCACUCUGGCCCUACACCAUGUACUUCCGCAUGCCACAUCGUUGCCAUGGCAAUCUACAAAGCUGCCCAACUCGUUCGCAUGCUGUGUGGGAAAUGGUCAUGAAUGAGUUGGAUCGUCGUGAAGACCCCGCCAAUGAUGAAUACUUGCCCGGCUGCGCUAUGGUUGACUCGUGCUCAAACAUUUUGACCGGUGAUCAAUUCUAUAACUUCCUCAAUCACAAUUUCGAUCGGCACUACGAUCAGAAUCGUGCACCAUUGGGUUUGUAUUUCCAUGCUGCUUGGUUGAAGAACAAUCCAGAAUUCUUGGAUGCCUUCCUCUAUUGGAUCGAUGAGAUCUUGGCCAAUCACAAUGAUGUGUAUUUCGUGACCAUGACACAGGUCAUCCAAUGGAUGCAAAAUCCACGCACCAUCAGUGAAGCCAAGAACUUCGAGCCAUGGCGGGAGAAGUGCGUUGUCGAAGGCAAGCCAGCCUGCUGGGUGCCUAGUACUUGCAAGCUGACCUCCAAGGAAAUUCCCGGCGAGACCGUCAACCUACAGACUUGUGUGCGAUGCCCGAACAACUACCCAUGGGUGAAUGAUCCAACCGGUGAUGGUUUCUUCUAAGUCAGCGCGCUCACCUGUAAUGGCACAACUGCAGUUUUUUUGUUAUUUUUUUUUUUUUGUUUAAGUGUUCUAACUUGGCAAAAAGGAGUUGUGCUCUAGCUAGUAAUAGUAACUCCUCUCUUUAAAACUACUGCCUACUACACUAAUCUCUUUUAUUUAAAUUUUUUAUUUUCUUUCUUUUUCUUUUUCCCCUAUUUCCGCUUUCAAUUUCUCAUUUUCUUAUCAUUUGUAAAUAUAUUUUUACCGUUAACUGCCGCACACAGUAAACUAAGUUAAAUCCGAAACUAGUUUUACGGUUUUCAACAGUGCCACUCUGCUACUCUCCAAUCUCCACUUUAUUCCUAUUCACUUUUUUACCCUUUCAACUGAAUCUACAUCUCUCUCAUUCCAUUAUCUUUGCUCUAAUUAUGCAAGACUUUUAUUAUUUGACUGACCUUCGAGCUGUCAAGUAAUUAUUGGCAACUACUUACUUACACCUUUCGAUAUAAUGUACUCCGUAUUUGGGCCACAUAAAAUAAUUUGGCGCUCAAGGUCGUUGCUGUGUUAAUUUUAAAGUUACGUAAAUCGAACAAAAUACUAUGUACACACAAGAAAAAGUAAACACGAAGGAACACAAUAAGAAGAAAGAAAGAAAGAAGAAGAUGUAGCAGAAAAAAAAUAUCCACUUAUGUUAUCUCAAACUUUCGAUAAAUACUCAUUUAGCACCACACACACACUCACACACAAAAUGUUAGGGAGAAAAGAUGAGACACAAAGGCGUUAAUGCGAAAAUGUUUAAUUUGUAGUAUGUUUUAUUGUACGUAUAUUUAAAUAUUUUUUAUUACAU